AUGGCAGCAGCGGACGCAAGGAAUUUGAAGCCUAUAAGGGACAGCCAUGUAUCUGCAACCAAGGGUAGCCUCAAAGCCAUGAAGGAAACUAAAACAGUAGUCGUAGACAUUGGCACAUGCUACUUCAAGUGUGGCUUUGCAGGGGACCCAUGGCCUUCCUACAUUGUUUCCUCUACAGUUGGUAAGCCCACACAGGAGACUGGGAGCAAUCAAAAAGAAACCUUUGUCGGAAGAGAGCUUCAGAAUAGCCCUGUACCCUUAACACUCAUCAACCCAGUACGACAUGGCAUAGUGGCGGACUGGAACUGUGUCCAAGAUACUCUGGAGUGUAUUUUCCAGACAGAGAUGAAGAUUCAGCCAGAGGACCAUGCUGUUCUGGUGUCAGCGCCUCCCCUGUGUUCCAUCACUGACAAGGAGAGAUAUGCUGAGAUGAUGUUUGAAGGAUUUCACACGCCUGCCAUCCACAUUGCCUACCAGUCCCAUUUAUCCAUGUACUCUUAUGGAAAAACCUCAGCUCUCGUGGUGGAAAGUGGCCACGGUGCUUCGCACGUGGUUCCCAUCUAUGAAGGUUAUGUUAUACGUAGCAUCACUGGGAGAGUAGACUAUGCUGGCUCGGAUAUCACACGUUAUCUCAUGAAGUUACUAAAUGAGUCUGGAAACGUGUUCACGGAACACCAGCUAAACAUCGUACAAGAUCUCAAAGAGAAGUGUUGUUACACUUCUCUGGACCUUACCCAGGACUUGAGUUUGCCUGUUCAGAAACAGCAAAUGGAUUAUGAGCUGCCAGAUGGACACCUCGUCACCGUAGGCAAGGAGAGAUUCCUUUGUGCUGAAGCGCUGUUCAAACCAGCCCUACUUGGCUCACAGCAGCCAGGGAUUGUGCAGCUGACACUCACCUGUCUCAAGAAGUGUGAUGCUGACAUCAACAAAAAAAUGGUGAGGAAUAUCCUGUUGUGUGGGGGCAGCACUAUGAUGGAGGGCUUUACUGACCGCUUCCAGAUGGAACUGGCCAGGAUGUGCCCCACUGACAACCUCAUCACAGCCGCGUCCCCUCAAAGAAAGUCUUCUGUCUGGAUUGGUGGGUCUAUUCUGGCCUCACUCCGCUCUUUCCAGGAGCUCUGGGUUUACAGAAGUGAAUAUGAAGAAUGUGGUCCUUCCUGCAUUUUUAAGAAGUGCUUCUGA